AUGGACGAGAUCGUGUACGCGUUGAUACAGCAGGAAGAGGAAGAUGGCGAAGAUGAUCUUGAGCAAGAGCUUGAGCAGGGUGCUGCUCUCGCAGCUGUUGCACUCAUGGUCGUUGGGGCGGAGGAGUCUCGCAUGCUGCGCGCGGAACGAAGACAACCAAGUCGGCUGUAUCUCUGUCGGCCGCAGCUCCUUCCAAACCCUCGUAAAGACACCCCAUGGCAAGUGCUUUACCAAAGCCGCUCCGAUCGUGCCUUCAUCACCACCAUGGGAUUUGAUGUGGAUGCUUUUGAACACAUCAUUAAAUCAGGUUUUGCGCGUAUGUGGUAUGAAAGACCCAUUGAUCGCUCAGAUAGCGCCAUGACUACAGGGGAUCCUCGGCCCUCAGCGCGAUCGCUAGAUGCGUGGGGCGCACUUGGCCUUGUUCUCCAUUAUCUUAAUUCGACCAUGCGUGAAGUCAGCCUCCAACAAAUCUUUGCCCUCAUUCCCUCAACAAUAUCUCGCUACAUCACAUUCUCCUUGCGUCUCCUCUUUGAAACCCUUGACAACAUUCCGGAAUCUUUCAUUAAAUACCCCAAAUUACUACGUGAAUUCCAAGAAAACAGUGACCUCAUUGUUUCUCGACAUCCACGUCUUCAUGGUGCAUUUGCGAGUCUUGAUGGACUCAAUUUGGCUGUCCAAACCUCAGAGGAUGUAGACAUUGAGAAUGCUACAUACAAUGGAUGGCUUUCAGAGCAUUUUGUAAGUUCUGUACUAAUGUAUUCUCCCAAAGGACCUAUCAUUGCUGCUAAUAUUAAUGCGCCGGGCAGCUGGCAUGACUCACGCGUUGCGCAACCAAUCUAUCGCAAACUAGAAAGGGACACACCAGACGGAUUUUAUGUUGUUGCAGACACGGCAUUUCCUCGCGGUACCCAAAGUAUAGCUGGUCGGAUACAGGCUCCUGUCAAGACGGGACAGCAUAUGCAAGGGACUGCUGAACAAAUAGAGGAGCGAUUUGCCUUUGACAGGGAACUGCUUUCCUAUCGCCAGACAGCUGAAUGGGGAAAUCGCGCUCUGCAAGGCUCAUUUGGACGCUUACGAAUUCCCCUCGAAAUCAAUGAUAGCCAGAGAAGGGGAGAUUUGAUUGAAACAUGCAUUCGGCUUCACAAUUUUCGUGCAGAACGAGUGGGACUCAAUCAGAUUCGCAAUGUGUACAUGUAG